CAACUGAUAUUAGCAAUACAGGACAAACCUCUAUACAUGCGACUAUAGAAUCCACUAAGGUUUUCUAUCAAUUCUUGACUGGAGAGUCACCACAGUAUUGGAUAACUUCAUCAACUUUAGCACGGUGGAAUUUAGAAAUAGUGACUUUAUCAUUUAAUCAAAAUCAUCCUAAAGAAGCUUCUUCUAAAUUUUUUAGUUAUGAUGAUAAUAAAAUAAAACCAAUAAUUACUGUAGUAAAAGUAACAGAUAUAGCAUGUUGUAACACUGAAACAGUUUCAAACAUUGUAUUCAAAACUUGUAAAGAAAAAGGUAUUGAUCCUCAAAAAUGUUAUUUUUGGUUAACAGAUAACAUGGCCUAUAUGUCUUCAGAGCUUAAUGGCAUGAUUGCUAAAUUCAACUCAUUAGCAACAUCCCAAUUUUUCUGA